GUGUGAAAAUGAAGUUGAUUUCCUGCAUCUUCCUGGCCACCCUGCUGAAAGCUGCAUUCCCCCAAGAGGACCCCAAUACUUACACGGAAUGCACCGACGGCUAUCAGUGGGACGCCGAAACUCAGCACUGCAAAGAUAUCAACGAAUGCGAGACCAUCCACCACGCCUGCAAAGGGGAGAUGAAAUGCAUCAACCAUUACGGAGGCUACCUGUGCCUUCCGCGGUCCGCCUCGGUCAUCAACGAUGUCAACGCUGAACGAGCCCCUCUUGACAGCCCCCCCAGGCCGAGACCUCGCCCACCGGUCCAGCCCUCCGGCCGACCUCACACUUGCUCCCAGGGCUACGAGCCUGACCACUAUGGAUCGUGCGUAGGUGAGUUGGCCGGGCCUGAAUUCCAGGGGUG